AUGGAUGACAUAAAGAGAGCUUACAGAAGCAUGGCUCUCCGGUACCACCCUGACGUUGUGGAUCAUCGAGCUGAUGAUUCUUUGAUGAAGGAGUCGACUCAGUUGUUUGUUCAGCUGAAUGAGGCAUACAAGACGCUGUCGGAUCCCGUGUUGCGUGAGGAGUACGACUAUGAAUUGGGUUUGACAGCGAAUUCAUCAUGCAGUUCAUCUUGUAGGAGUACUACCUAUAAAUUCAGGAAGGACAUGAGUACUGUUGGACCAAAUUUGCAAUGGCGACAACAGAUUCUCGAGUUGAAGAGAAGAUCAACCGACCGUAUGGCACGAAAGGAAGGAUCCUGGGCUAGCAGAGUCAGGAGGGCAGAACAUGUUUCAACCAUGGAGUAG